AUGUCGGUAUAUAUCGUCGAAAAACCAGCUGAUCCAGUGAUUAAAAAAGAGCCAGCCCUGGAUCAUUCCGGUCCUCCAUCAAAAAUGAAGUUCAAUAAAGACGACUCGGCGAUGAUUUUCAUGCUCUAUUCUCUUGAACAAGAGGGUGAAAAAUUAUCUGUGGAUGCUUAUGAUCGAUCGCUCGCAAAUAUUUCAACAGAUGAUCUUUGGCGGUCGUCUAAAGACGACACGGUCUCGGUUUACUUGGCUUCAGAAUCAGAGGAAAAGGACAAAAAACCUAAAAGAUUGAGUCACAUGUGGUUCAAUGUGGAAAAAAUAAACGAGGUUUUAAUUUCUGGAGAGCUGAGACUCUACCGCGAUUGCGCGGGAUUAUCAAAAUUUUUUCGCAGGCCGUACAAUGUCACUGUGUAUCGAAUUGCUUCGAAGGAGAAAUACGGCGAGUGGGUGUACGUUAACUCAGUUAUGAUGCCGGCUUGUAAGACCGGAUGGUUUUUUGUAAAUGUCUCCGAGGCUGUGAAAUACUGGAUGCGAUUUGGCGAAAAUUAUGGGAUCGAACUUGUGACGUAUUCUGGGGAUAACCGACGGAGAGUUAAACCAGAGGACACGGGAAUCGUUGGUUUUGAUGGCGCAUCUCAAAGACACGCUUUUAUGGUAAAUUACUUUCAAGACAGUGGGGAUACUGGUUUUUUUGCACAACAGUUUAUUAAAAUAAUUCAGAAGAAAGCUGAAGAAUUUCGACGAUCGAGGAAUUUAUAA